CUCAUUGGUUCCCCAGUUGGCUGCCCCUCCUCUGCACCACCUGUGCUCAGUUCCCAUUGGCCCUUGGCCCUCAGACCCGCCCCUUUCCCCCCUUAUCAAACCCUGUGUCCUCAGCCCCAUUUUGUUUCUGUGCGUGGACCCUCUGCAUUGCAAUAAACUGUGUUUGGAGCUGUGCACACAGACCUGCCUCUGGCCUUGUCCAUCAGCAGGUUAAGCAAGCGUGCUCCGGGCUCUGGGAGUGAUUUCCCAUUCCCAAACCCUGGCCGAAUGGAGGGGCUGGCUGUAAGGAAGAGGAAGAAGCCCCGUGACACCGAGACAGAGAAGGAGCUGAGGAUGGAGACCAGGGAGGACAAAUCCCCACAGCAGAACCUCAUGGCAGAGGCUGUUCUGAAUGAUGCCACAGGGCAGAAACCCAAGGGGGAGGAAAAGCCUCGGAGAUCCCACAGGAGGAGGGCCUGCAAAUCCAGCCCAGGGUGCUCUGAGGGGGAAAGACCCACCCUGUUCCAGGAAGGUGGACAGAGCUUCAGGCAGAGCUCAAAGCUGUUCUCCCGUGAGCAGCUUCAUGAUGGGGAGAAGCCCUAUAAAUGCUUGGAGUGUGGGAAGAGCUUCAGGCAGAGCUCCCACCUCCUCUGCCACCAGAUGAUCCACACUGGGGAAUGGGCCUACGAGUGUGGGGAAUGUGGGAAGGGCUUCAGGUGCAGCUCAGAACUCGUGAGGCACGAACGCAUCCACACUGGGGAGAAGCCCCAUGAGUGUCCCGAGUGCCAGAAGAGGUUUGCCACCAGCUCCAAUCUCCUCCUGCAUGAGCAGAUUCACACCAAGGAGAAGCCCUUCCGCUGCCCUGACUGCAGGAAGGGCUUCAAGAACAGCUCCAACCUCAUCAGACACCGGCGCAUCCACACCAGGGAGAGGCCCUACAAGUGUCCCCAGUGUGGGAAGAAGUUUCAGACCAAGUGGCAGUCUGGCAUCACAGAGAGGAUUGUGUAA